UCAGUGUAGAAACAGAAAGAACAAGAAUGAAGCAGACGAGACGGAGGCUUAAAUAACAUGAUUGGAGAGAGACGGAGACACAGAAGACACAAUGGAAAAACAAACUGAGAGACAGACCCAAAGACAUCAAAAGGCAAAUUGAAACAAAAUAAAUACAUUCAGGAAGAGAGUGAGCAGUUACAGGACUCAUCUUACCCAGAGGGGAGACCAAACCGUGAUGGACUAUGAACCCAAGAAAUCCAAGAAGAGCUUUGUCUCUCCUAUUAAGCGGCUUGUCUGGUCAAAAUCUGGUCGCAGGCAGCUGGAUCGAGGCAGCAUUUACCGGCGCCCGCUGCACACCGUCCCUCUUUACCCCCCCGAUUACCUCAUCCACCCUGAGAGGCUGAUCUUCGACUACAUCGAGAAGGAGGUCAAGUUCCUCGGUCACCUGACCUGGGUGUCGGUUUCACUGAACCCCUCGAGCCGAGACGAGCUGCUGCAACUCCUCGACACAGCCAGGCAGUUGAAGGUGCUGCCGUUGAAGACCAGCGUGGAUCAGGACUGUAUUCUGAGUCUGUCUGCGCGCUGUCUGCUGCUGACGUGGAGAGACAACGAGAAGCUGAUGGUGAGGAUUCCCACACAUGAGAUCGCUGCUGCCUCCUACCUGAGGGACGACGCGCUGCACCUGCUGGUCCUCAAGACAGGUCUGAACGUGGACACAGUGGUUGCUGGGGACGACAGCCUGGACAGGAAAAAGCCAACGGGCGUAGACAGCCGACGUCAAACCAUGAGCUCCAACGCGGACCCUCGACCUGCAGGGGGCACGAUGGAGCGACGGCACACAAUCUGUGGAGUCGACUGGAGGCCUUCAUUAUCCAGAAGUAACCACGACAAAAAUCCAAAUGUGGAGAGGGGGGGUGGAGGAGGUGGAGGAGAAAGAGGAGGAGGAGGAGGCAGUUUAGAGAGGAAGAGAGUGGGAGGUAGCUGGGAGAGGAGGCAGCAGACACGUAAAACAGGAGGGAGUUUAGAGAACCGCAGAGCAAGACCCAUGAGCGGGAGCUGGGGAGUGGGAGUAGGAGGUGGAGGUGGAGGUAGCUGGGAGAAAAGGCAUGGGGGAGGAGGAGGUGGGAGCUGGGAGAGGAGGGGAGGUGGUGCCGGGGGGAGCUGGGAGCGACGGCAGGCCUGCACAGGAAGCUGGGAAAGGGGGAAGAGCUAUGGCAGCUGGGAGAGGAGGAACCAUAACCCGCUGGAGCCGACGCCCUGCCCAGACGCCUACUGCAACCUGGUCAUCCUGGCCGUGGAGAACAGGGAAGCUGCAGAGGAGUACUGCUCUCUGAUCUGUCAGAUGUUCCAGAUCAUUUACGGCCAUCAGACCAUCGAGUGUGUGGACAGAGCCGGCUUUCAUCACACAGUGCCGGACCGAUACUGGCUGCAGAGGAGUGACAGCUGUCUCACUGACGUGUCCUACAGUUAUGAUCCAGAGUUUAGCUGCUGCAGCUCAUAUGAUGGUUCCCAGGAGGCCUUUGAGCCGUACUACAGUGAGACAUACAGUGAGAGCUCGUCUCUCUCGCUGCAGGACUCCCAUCGCAGUCUCGCUGAAGCCAGUGACGGAGGAGACACUAACCCCGCCCUGCUGCUGAUGCAGGAGUACAUGAUCACUCUGCGUAAUAAGCUGAGUCCUGUGGAGUUGCAGCACUUUGCGGUAUUGCUGAGAGAAUAUAGGCUGGGAUCAAACAUCGAUCACUUCUGCUCCGAGCUGCUACAACUUUACGGAGACAACCGCAAGUUCCUGCUGAUGGGCAUGCGUCCCUUCAUCCCAGACAAGGACGUCGGGGUGUUAGAGAGUUUCCUGGAGAGCAUCGGGAUCAGGGAGGGAGGCAUUUUAACCGACAGCUUCGGACGCAUCAAACGCAGCAUGAGCAACACGUCGGCUACGGCCAUGAGAGGCAUGUAUGAUAACGGCUCUCUGGCUUCAGGAUCUCAGGAAUUCAACCGACGCAUUACAGACAUGACCCACGACAUCCAGGCGCUCGGCUUCCAGGACACACACGCAGACAUCGAGGAGGAAGAUUACUACCUCUGAUGGAGGGAGACUCUGAUUCCCAGUCAAAUUCAGACCGUUUUCAAACUCUCUGCAAGAUCAGGGCAGCUCGUGUUCUCUAUUGAUAGGCAAUAAACUGUAAAUAUAAAUUG